GCUUUCCUACAUCUGCUGACUGUACGUCCGUGCGCGCUCACAUUGCGGGCUGACGUCGCCAGAACGCGCGAGGUCGGGAGGCGGGCAGACAACGGAGAAGAAAGGGGCUGGCACCAGCAUUCCUGCCCAGGAGGAGGAUGAGGCGGUCAGCAUAUGCCCGGUGAGAGGAGUCCCACACCCCCAGAAUCUGACCAAUAAGUCAUGCCUGUACCAGGAUGGGCUCCUAUAUUACUGGACUGGAGAAUGGACUCUGAAUGUGGGCACCACGGGUAAAGACUGGAUUGGACAUGUUUAGUGGGCAUCACAGAUGAGAGCAAACUUUGUCAAUGAUCUCCAGAAAGGAAAGACUUGAAUGCCGGCAUUACAAACACCCACACCAAAAACCUGUACUAGGUUGGUCCAGGAGGCCAUAGACAUCUGCCAUCCAUACAUAUGUGGAAAAGGUCACUGCCAUCCGAAGACGUUGGACGAUUUGCACCGCUUGAUUGUCCUGCUCUAUCGCCAACGAAGUCCGAACCCCCUCUGUCUGUUAAAGUCCAAAUCUUAGUUUGUGGAUAUUGCCGUAUGGCUGUGGUAUUGUCUCUCUUCGUUUACUUUCUUUUCUGAAGAAGCUACAAAGCCAUUAUUUAUAAUUUGUCUUCUCCCUUGGCAAACCCUGUUGGUUACAUCCAGUUUAUUCUUCUCCCACACCAUGAGCUCCCUGUUGCCUUUUGACAGCGUGCUAUGUAAUCUCCUGGGCCUGUCUGUUACACUCUGGUUCACCCUUCUUCUUGUCUUCAUCAUCGUCCCUGCCAUCUUUGGGGUCUCAUUCGGCAUCCGCCGGCUGUACAUGAAAACCUUGCUCCGAAUUUUCACGUGGGCGACCUUGCGAAUUGAGAGAGGCGUGAAGGAAAACAGUCAUGCCCUGUACAGACCUUUAUCGAAUGGGAUUAUUGCUAAAGGGAGCACAUCCCUAGAGAAAGGAAUAUGUGAGAUGCGAGGAAGUGGGCACUCCCACGAUGGUCCAGAGUUCGAGCUGUCGGAUAUUUUCUACUUUUGUCGGCAGGGCAUGGAGAGCAUCAUGGACGAUGAGGUGACCAAGCGAUUCUCCGCAGAAGAGCUGGAGACAUGGAACCUUCUGAGCAGAACCAACUACAACUUCCAGCAUAUCAGUUUGCGGCUCACUGUGCUGUGGGGGCUGGGCAUGUUGGUUCGCUACACCUUUUUAAUGCCACUCAGGAUUGCUUUGGCUAUCACAGGGGUCAGCCUUCUGGUGUUUGGAACAUCUGUAGUAGGAUACCUACCAAAUGGCUGGUUUAAGGAGUUCCUCAGUAAACAUGUACAUCUAAUGUGUUACCGAAUCUGUGUGCGUGCCCUCACAGCAAUCAUAACUUAUCAUGGCAGUGAGAAUCGUCCCAGAAAUGGUGGCAUCUGUGUGGCCAAUCACACCUCUCCCAUUGAUGUUAUCAUUCUGGCCAGCGAUGGAUAUUAUGCCAUGGUAGGACAAAUACAUGGUGGUCUGAUGGGAAUAAUCCAGAGGGCCAUGGUAAAGGCCUGUCCACAUAUCUGGUUUGAGCGUUCAGAAGUCAAAGAUAGACUUCUUGUUGCUAACAGGCUAACAGAUCACGUGAAAGAUGAGAGUAAACUGCCAAUCCUUAUAUUCCCUGAAGGAACCUGCAUCAAUAACACAUCUGUCAUGAUGUUCAAGAAGGGAAGCUUUGAAAUCGGAGCCACGGUUUAUCCUGUGGCUAUCAAGUAUGACCCACGCUUUGGCGAUGCCUUCUGGAACAGCAGUAAAUAUGGAAUGAUCACCUAUCUCCUGCGAAUGAUGACCAGCUGGGCCAUAGUAUGCAGUGUCUGGUACCUUCCACCAAUGACGCGACAGGAGGAUGAAGACGCAGUGCAAUUUGCAAACCGAGUGAAGUCUGCCAUUGCUCGGCAAGGGGGACUUGUUGAUCUGCUUUGGGAUGGAGGACUAAAACGAGAAAAGGUCAAAGACGCGUUCAAGGAAGAGCAGCAGAAAUUAUACAGCCGCAUGAUCUCUGGAAACCAGGAGAACCGGAGUCGCUCCUGAACCCCAGAACGGGGGAGCGAGCUCUGCCCUAAGCCAAGCCGCUGCUCCAAAUCCACAGGAAGAAGACUCUGAGCCCCAGGAAUAUAAGCCAUGGAGCAGAAAAUGAGGGAACACCAGAACAUGGAGCCACUCUGGAUUUCUUUAUACUUGAGGAACAUAUACUGUGAGAGCCAUGGCAUGCAGCAAGUCCUAAGGACAAGUAUCUGCCGCCACUGGACCUGUACUACAGGCUCACAAGUUCAGGAAUAGUGACUGUUGUAGAACCAAGCACCCACCUAAUGAGAUGUGUGAUGAUAAUCUCGUGUUUGCAAAUCCACAUUUGGCCAGAAUGUCUUUUGAAUGUUACAGAUCCACAGAACUUGCCCUCUAAAAUCUGAAAGGUCAUACAGAAUGUAUGUUACAUUUUCUAAACUAUACACUGCUGCUGAUAACCAGAUAUCUGAUAUCAAGGUUGGCGCUACCAAAGACUAGACAGGACAGACCUCUGGUUCAAUCUGUUUAGUCCGUAUAGCUUCCAUCAGAUCAGGUUACAGGCCCCAAUCACCUGCAGGAAUUCAUACAAAGCCAGCAAUGCUUGGACCUCUGAAAACCAACAUUCUUUUUCCCCCAGACAGACAUGCCCAGUUUAGGAUUUCCUAGUUUGUUUUUUCCAUUUGCUGCUUUUAAAUGACCCCCAACUCUGCAUUUGCAGGCAGACAGGUGGCGGUCUUCAACGAGCCAAAAAUGGGGGUUAAUGAUGGCACAAUGUUUGAGACCCUCUCCUAUCCCAUACCGAAUCAGACAUGUGCCUCCCUUUUUAUCUGUUACACGCUGUCCUGCAUGGGCCAUUGGCCACAGCCCAUUUUGUUUUUAUAACUCGAUGAAAUAAACAUCUUGGCAAAAAAAAUAAAAUAACUGUUUUGCCCUCUU